UGUCGAUGACAAAUUUCCUGUGUGUGAGUGAGAGUGUGUGUGUGUGCGCUUGUUUCUAUUUUUAUUUUUUAAUUUGGUUGAUUACUUUGUGUGGAGCGUGUUCAGGUCGAUUUGCUUCAAGUUGUUGCGCUGAAAGAGCUUGUCUUGCCGCUCGGAACUGAUGCUGAUAUUUUAGCAUCGGGGUUUCGCUUCAAACGAAGUCGAUAGAUAGGUGAGUUUGACAGAGAGCUCUGAGUUUUGCGGGUGGCGAGGAUGGCCGGCUGUUUUUAGGCUAUGAUGUCGAGAGAGCUCAGCUCUGUCUUGGUUCGAAUGUGUUCGGAAUAGGGCAGCUAAUCGGGCACCUUUAUUUUUCCCCUUUUUCUAAUUGCACGUCGUUUGUAGUGUAGCUCAUCCUCUGCUGGCCAUCCCUUGAAGGGUUCAUGCCAUUUCCUUGUCAGCUGCAUGAUACCAGCCAAAAAAGAAUUUGUUGAAUGUCGGGGGGGUUGUUUGACAUGCUUCCGGUUGUAUGUCGUUUCUCGUUGCGUGGGAUUAGAGGCGUAGCGCUAGUUUAGAGCGAGGUAGUGGCAGUUGCUCCCAGCGCUUGAUGCAUGUUACGGCUCAUGGAACCUCGGUCUAGCUUUUAGAGUUCGGGAGAUGCCGUUGUCCUUCCGUCUGCCUCGAGGACAACAUGUUGACAUCAAUACUAAUCCUCUCUUAGUCACGGCUCCAGGCGCAGUCGUUAGUUUCAUGCCAUCAUGGGCGUGUUUCUCUAGUAUCACGGGUUGGUGUGUUGGCGGAGAUGCAUCAAUUUUACACUCUGUUCUCAUGCCUGUUUUGACCGAGCUGUCUUGGUGACUAUUGCUCGAAUUCCAUGCGUACUCGGCCAUUUUGACUAAGGGGAAGUUCUGUGUCGAGAGCUUAGUUUAGUGAAAACCCUCAUUGGAGGAACUGGUUCAAACCAGUAACGAUGACCCUCAGAUAGCAAUUGUUGUGAGGUGGCUCUAUCGUUUUUGUAACACACCAGCGGAAGGGAGACUGAUCAGAUUCAAGAGGACUGUAUUCUAUCGCCCUUCAGCAGGGGACGAAUAACACAGGAGGGCUUUCGAAGAUGAGGACCUUGUGUGAUGUGUGUGAGGCGGCUCCAGCCCGGCUAUUUUGUGCAGCGGACGAAGCUGCCCUUUGCUUGAAAUGCGAUGAGAAGGUUCACAGCUGUAACAAGUUAGCAAACAGGCAUGUUCGCCUUGAGCUGGCAGAAUCCAGAGCUGUUCCACGUUGUGAUAUCUGUGAAAAUGCUCCAGCAUUCUUCUUCUGUGGAGUUGAUGGGACUUCCUUGUGUCUCCAGUGUGACAUGGAUGUUCACGUUGGAGGAAAGAAGGCACAUGAGCGUUAUCUUAUGAUGGGUCAAAGAGUGGAGCUUCCAUCUAGAAAGCUCAGAUUCGAAGAUAAUGUGGACACUGAAAAGCUUCCAGCAGAGCCGAGCAAUGCACCUACUGACAAGAAUGGAGUCCUACCUGACCAUCACCACCACCACCAUUACCACCACCACCACCACCAUCACCACCACGAAGACGAGGUUAGGGCAGGGUUACCUGCACCCAAACAAAGUUGCGAUCGAGACGCUAGUAAUGCCCCGGCUAUUGCUAUUACUGCUGGAGAUGAGGAGUCUUUAUUGAUAGAUGGUUGCAUACAUCAGAAUCAGCCUCGAAUGAUUGACCUCAAUUCCCGACCAAAGCGUUUGCAGAGCCAAGCCUCUGUGCCUGAUAAGGGUUGAUCUCAAGCCUCAACCUGAAGACAUACUGCGCCAGUCUUCUCUGCCUGACAGGGUCAGCUUUGAACCAAGAAUUUCAAACCAUCGCACGUACUUCACAUUUGUUUUUGUUUUGUUUUGUUUUUUGUGAUGAACCUCUUGGAUGUUCAAGAAGCCUUAUUCAUGUAUUGAGGUAGAAUGUGGUUGGUUUGAUCGUCGAUGUGCUGAUUGUUGUCAAUUUUUAAAGUCUCCUUCAUGGUACCAGGGUGCAUCCAGCAGAGUGGCGAGGAAGCAGUGGCGAUGACUGGGUUGGUGUGGUUUAGAGCUGACUUGCAAGGCUAACCAAAAGGCUACGGAGUGGCUUUUCCUUAACGCAUGGACCUUCUGCUACUAAUCUUCUAUAAUCAUCAGUGGAACUAUUGCAUGGACGCGGGCUUGAGUUGUACAUGGAACAUGUCCCCAAGGAACGUUAGAUGUAGAAAUUGAGUGCUCUUAAAAAGACUCAAGAAAUAUUGUUAUUUUAAUUUUUAAAUAGAUCAUUUUGGCCCGGUCUGUGCAGUUUGUUGUCUUUUGAAGGGCCCAAAACUCCGCUCAACUUUUCAGAGCUCACUACUGGCUGAUUUAAAAGCCUUAACCCGAGUGCUCACGGCCUGUUGUGGAGGUCUUCUGGCAUUUUUGUAAUUUGGUACUUUUCUCUUGUACAUGUAAAUAGCUUCUGAUAGAUAUUUUCCGA